AUGCUGAAGACGUCGCGGAAAGCGGUCCUUUUUGUUGGGCUCGUGAGACACGCAUUUGGGCAAUUUGCGGACAUCCUGUGCCGAUACUACUUUACCAAGAAAAUCCCCAUUCCCUCAGCAGCGAAAGACGCCGAGCCGGUCAACAUUGUCAUCGUUGGGGCUUCAUUCGCCGGUUACCAUGCCGCCCGAUUAAUAGCCGCUUCACUCCCGGUAGACGGGCCAUACCGCCUUAUUAUUGUCGAACCGAAUCGACACUGGCAAUUCACAUGGACGCUACCUCGCUUUUGUGUCGUGGAGGGACACGAGCACAAAACAUUUAUCCCAUAUGGGCCUUACCUGCCGGCAGGCUCCGAGUCCAUCGUUCGAUGGAUCCAUGACCGUGUCUCGACUAUCACGGAUCGAACGGUAACCAUCCAAAGCACCGGCGAAGAGAUUCCGUACUCUUACAUGAUCAUUGCAACGGGAUCCGGCAUUGGCAUGACGUUGCCAUCACGAGUAGGCUCAACGGACAAGGCGGAAGGGAUCCGGUUACUGCAGAGCUUCCAGCAGCGUAUCAAGACCGCCAGAAAUCUGGUUGUUGUCGGCGGAGGCGCUGCGGGUGUUGAGCUUGCCACAGAUGCCAAAGAUCGGUAUCCCGAGAAAAACGUGACGUUGGUUCAUUCCAGAGACGCAGUCAUGAAUCGAUUCGGCCAAGAUCUGCAAGUCAGAGCCCUCGAGGGCUUGAAGCAACUUGGCAUCGAGGUCUACCUGGGAGAACGGACAACUACUGAGUCUCCUGUGGACGGCCUUGUUACCCUUAGUUCUGGCCGCAAGAUUGAAUGCGACUUUUUGGUCAACGCCAUUGGCCAGCAACCUUCCUCUCAGCUGAUCAGCGAGUUCGUCCCUGAGGCGAUCGCCAACUCGGGUCGUAUCAAGGUCAAACCUACAAUGCAGAUUGACGUCGACUCGCUUCCUAAUAUUUACGUCUGUGGUGAUGUUGCUGAGGCGGGUGUCACCAACCCCAACGCCCGAGCUGCCAUGAAGCAGGCCACUUACGCUGCAGACAAUCUGCUUCUGGCUCUUCAGGGUAAGCAGCCUACGAAACUCUAUCACCAACACUGGGCGGAUGGUUUUAUCAAGUUAACACUUGGCUUGCACAAAUCCAUCUCGGCCUUUGGAACUGGAGACACCGAAUUACUGUUCCGGUCGAAGGACAAGGAUGUUACCUUGAUGAUCGAGAGGGCUUGGACACAUAUGGGAGCCAAGCCCUAUGAAGAUAUAGAGUAG